AUGAAGCGUGCCCGGAAUCGGGAGCGACUUUUAUCCAUUCUGGACAAUGUUACAGCUGUUAGCACGCGGGUGACCAGUCUUAUUCGUUGCAACAAAUUCGCUGAAGUCGAGAGUCUACUUGUUCGUCUCCCUCACACUCGAGCAUACCAGGAUAAUGAAGAGAUUACUCGCGCAAAAAUUGCGCUUGCCUGGCACAAUAAAGACGUACAAACGGUUUACAAACUUAUAGAGGAAGGCAAAUUCUCUAACGGUGAAGAUCUUAUUGUGAUGUGGGAUCAGGCUCAUGUUUAUGAAGCUAAAGCUAGGACUCCAGUGCAGCGGCAUCGCCUGAGACAAAGAUUUAUGCCACCGCGAAGCAUUUGCCCUUCCGGUAUUCGCAAAAAGAGAGGAAUCCCCAAGGAAACCUGCAAUGCAUUACAGGCGUGGUUUAAGGAGCACAUUGACAAUCCAUACCCAAAUGCAACAGAGAGAUUGAUGUUGGCAGAGCAACACGGACUUACUUUGGGUCAGCUUAAGAAUUGGUUUGCCAAUGCCCGAAGACGUCUCCGGAACGACACGCCAGGUGAAUGCCCGAAGACUCUCCGGCAAAACCGACGACGAUGGAAACCGACGGAAGACGCUACGUCCUCAGUGAACCAAUUAGAGGAGAGUUUAGCUUUAUCUUUGAGUGGAACCCAGCUGGAACAACCUCUAAGCGUUGACACUAACCUAUCGCCUCAAGUGUUGUGGAACAACUUUUUCAACUAUCCAGGUGCAAGCUCUGUGAUUGGUGGCCCACUGGCACAGUUCGCGCCUUUCGUGGCCACCAGUCCUCCCUAUCAGUUGCCUUGGUUACCCAACGUUAGGCUAUUGUCCGUGAUACCCACCGCAAGAUUUCCGACUGGUGUCAAUCUCCAAAGUCCUGUUCGCUGGAACAGUCCCACCUGGCAGGGAUAUGAAGAGUGUAUCCAGUCUAUCCAGAGUGACGAGUGA